UUGACAGUUUGUUAUGCAGUUUUUUCAGAGUUCAGUGCGUGCUUCAUUCACUGGAUUCCAAGAUUCCAGUUUUCGAUUUAAAAAAAGAUUCCUUCAGUCGGUUCCUUCUGAUUUGCCACCAUCAGAGUGUAAUAGUUAUUUCGUUAAAUAAUUAUAAAUCAAUCGGUACCCUUGCGUUUCGACAUCUCCACGAAGAUACAGUGUCACAGCUUCCCCCAGUUAUUCACAGUCUCGUCGACGGGGAGUGAUUCAUUCUCACAGUCGAUCUUCAAGUGUCGUGAAUUAUUCGUGCGUGACAGACCCGAGAUUGACUUCGUGUUUAUUCUGGUUUCGAUAUUAGGCACGCGGACGGAAUUCGUGAGGAAAAUUUACGAGCUCAACCUGUUAUUGUAGGUGUAUUAAUCCAUCAAUCGUUUUCUGCUCAACGACAUUGUAUUGCUUUGAGUGCGGACAAUAAUUAUUUUAAUCAAAAGAAAAAAAAGUGUCACCGCUGUAUUGCGUGGGUAGUAAACUUGCAAGGAAUCUACUCGACGGUGCUCACAAACCUAAAGUGGUUAUUAUUAGUAUUCUGCUUUUUAGCAUUUCACAUUUCGUGACGUGUAAGUCGCGUAUUCACCAGCUGAGACUAUUGUUAAUAAACCCCUGACUCGCUUUUGGCAAUGACUGGUCCAGCAAUGGCCACGACAGGAGGAAAAAAACUAUCCAUGAGCAAGCAGAACGAGCUUAACUCCUUGAUAGAUUCGCUCAUCAAGCAUAGCUUCCUUAAAACAACGAAUUUGAACGAGCAGUUCAAGCAGUUCCAGGACAUGUACGCCGUGCUGGAGCGAAUCCGUAAGCUGGAGUCCGAGUUCAAGCUUAAGACCAAUAACGGAAAACCUCGACAGGCCAAUAUCGAAGCUUUCUGUCGGUGGGCUAAGGAGAAUGGUUGCGAGUUUGAUGGUGUCAAAAUAUCCGAGUUCUCCGGAUUCGAGCUUGGCCUGGAAGCGACCAAGCAUUUCAAGGAAGGUGAACUUUUUGUGACCGUGCCGAAGAAGCUGAUUUUUUCGGUGACGGCCGACAGUAAGAUCCCGGAUAUCAUGAAGGACAUUCCCGUGAUGGUGGUGCAGAAUCUGUCCAAUUUGAUGUUGGCGCUGCUGUUGAUCGUGGAGCGGUUCCAACCAAAUAGUGUGUGGAAGCCGUACUUGGAUGUGCUGCCCGAUCGCUAUUCAACGGUCAUGUACUUUAGUCCGGCCGAAAUGGCCGAGCUAAAGGGGACCAGUGCGUUCGGGCCGGCACUAAGUCAGUGCAAGAACAUCGCCCGGCAGUACGGGUUCAUCAAGAAGUUCAUUCAGGGCAAGACGGCGCUGCUGAAGGACAACUUUACAUACGAUCUGUACUGCUGGGCUGCCUCGACUGUGAUGACACGCCAAAAUCGUAUUCCGGUGGACCUGCGGGACGAGAGCGAAGAAACGUCUGGCGAUGCGUCGGAAGCGUCCGGACCAAGCCCGGUGCUGAUUCCGCUGUGGGAUAUGGCAAACCACAUCAACGGACAGAUCACGACCGGCUACGACGAGCAACUGCAGCGGGUGGAAGGCCAAACGUUGAAGCCCUUCGCCAAGGGAGAACAAAUUUUUAUCCACUACGGAAACCGAAACAACGAGGACUUUCUGGUGCAUAAUGGAUUUGUGUUUCCCGAAAACAGUAACACCGACGUAACGAUUCAGUUAGGGCUGAACCCCGGAGAGGAAUUUUUCGAUCAACGGAAAGAGUUACUCGAAAAACUUAACCUACCAGUUGCUGGAGAUUUCACGGUGAAUCGUGGCCCAGAAUACAUCUCGGAAGAUCUUCUAGGGUUUGCACGGGUAUUCAACAUGACCAAAGAUCAACUGUCUCACUGGACUAGUCAAGAAUCUGAUCUCAUUAGAACCUUACGUUCCAUAGAAUGUAACCUCGACGAAGAACUGAAUGAGAAAGUUUGGAAAUUUUUAUCCAUUCGGUUGCAGCUGCUCAUGCGAAUGAGCGGAACAGGAUUGGACCAGGAUGAAGCUUUACUCGCUAAUCAAGGCCAGAAAGGAACACCGAAACUGGGUCACAUAAAGAACAUGCUGGUGCAGUUCCGAGUAACCGAGAAACGAAUUCUUACCGAUGCCGUCGAGUUCUGCAAGCUACAGGAGCUUAGCAAAAAAUAAACUAUCAUUGAAAAAUAUCUUGAAAAAUUGUUUCACUUCUGUUCAAUCCAGUGGGAUUUUGCUGGCUUCUAUUAUUAGUGUAAAGUUUUGUUAAUAGUUUUGUUUCAUUCUCAUCACCGUUGUCAUCAGUGUUGAACUUCUUCUUGAAGCUUUGUAAUACUUUGUAAUACCAGUAUUGAGUUUAUUUUUAUCCUUGAUAAUUGUGUACUAAUUUAUUUGAACGACUUUAAUUCUUGAGAUCGAAUUCUCUUCAUCAAAAAAAAACCGUAUGGCCAAAUAAAAAUACAGCAUCUGUUAUACAAAUAAUUAAAAAAAAGCGUAAGUUAUCUUCUGAGCCUUUAAAACUAACUUAGCGCGCAUCACAAUCCAAAUACACGAAUCAUAUACCAA